AUGCCCAAAGCGGCAAAUCCGCCACUCGGCCUCGUUGUUCUUCUCCGCCAGCAUGAGGAGUUGGAAAACCUCAGGUCACUCACGCUCGUCCACUACCUCGCUCCUGUCACCGAGCCUCUGGACGACUCCAUGUGUAUCUCGCUCCCCAAUCUCACAACUCUCACUAUUGCCGACGAGCCGGGUCGCAUCGCUCAUUUCUUGUAUCACCUCGACCACUCAGCCUGCACAGCAAUCGACCUGUCGGCAUCUGCGACACCUGGAACAUCCAAGACCGUCAUCCUUCACACGCGCGCCACACAUAUCAUAAUAGGUUUCACGCCUCGCCCUCCCUUCGUUGAUGCAACUGAACUCGAAUGCGGGCAAGAUACAAGCACCGUCGUCUUCCCCGGGAUCACCGCGUUCGAAUACAACGAGUCUGCCCUCGCCCCAACAUCUCACCCAGAGAAGAUACUCGCGCUCCGGCCCACCCCCGCUCCGCUGCUCGACGACCUCGCGCUUGCGCAACGUCUCUUCUGGGAAACCGUCGACGCCGCGACCGCGCUCCUCACGCCCGCGCACACCACCAGCGCCGUGCGCGAGCUGCGCGUCGAAGGCCCUCUCGACGCCCUCGACGCGCACACCCUCAGCCUCCUCCUCCGCAGCCUGCCCGCGCUGCACAAGCUCCAGCUCGUGCACCACGCCCCGCGCCCCGCCGCCGGCACUGUCCCCGCCCGGAUGCCGCCCGGGAUCGCGUCCGUGUUCGACGCCGCCGCAGGCUCCUGCGCUGCCCUCCGCGAGCUCGAGCUCAGGGACCUGCCCUCCGCGGGCUGUGUCCCGUUUCUGACUGCGCUGGGCGCGGCGUUGGAGGCUGGCGAACAUGUAGAGGAGGCAGAAGGGGAGGAGGAUGAAGAGGAGGUGGUCGCGGAGCUGAGGGACCUGUUCGCGGGGACGGCGGCGCGAGUUGCGCUGUGGUACGGGAAGAGGGGAAGGGUGGUUCACGAGGACGACACCGACUCGGCCGUGGACGCGAUGGAUUGGGAGAGCGACAACCUUGGCGGGAAUCCGGCGGUGUCGUAA